AUGACUUAUCCAAAUUAUUUACUAAAACGAAAUAAAACGGAAAUUCUAGAUGUAACUACUGAUGUUGACCUAGGCUGCUUAGGUGUAAAUGAUGAUAUUGAAGAUGAACUUCGUCGUAAAUUUUCGAAAUUGGACAGUUCAAAUGGUAUUGAUGACAUUCGUCAGAAAUGUGAAGAAAUAAAUAAUUCUUUAUGA